AUGAACUUGGCUUCAUUGAAAGUAUCAGAUGCUACCAAGGUAGAAGCAGCUUGUGGGCAGCCUGUGACGUCACGGAUCGUUGGAGGGCUAAACGCUUUGGAAGGGGAAUGGCCCUGGCAAGCCAGCAUUUUUCAAGGCAGCAGACUGGUUUGCGGAGGGUCCCUCCUCAGCUCCAACUGGGUAGUAUCUGCAGCUCACUGCUUCAAUUUCCCUGAAGUACCCUACGAAAUACAGUUGGGUGCUUAUAAACUCCAGGACCCUUCUCCUAAUAUGGUGACAUCGACGGUUAAACGUAUCAUCUCUCAUCCUGACUACACGAAAGAGGAAGGCUCCAGCUGGGACAUUGCUUUAGUGGAGCUGAAUUCCCCAGUAACUUUCAAUGACUAUAUCCUUCCCGUCUGCUUGCCAACAUCUUCUGCGGAGUUUCCUGCAGAUACAAAAUGCUGGGUCACUGGAUGGGGACAGAUUGGAUCAGGAAACUUGCCAUCACCCCAAAUCCUUCAGGAACUGGAGGUACCAAUCGUAGAUCGCAAGACUUGCAAUGAUCUCUAUAAUGAAAGCAAAGGAUAUCAGUUACAAACUGAUCUUGUCAAGGCUGAUAUGUUCUGUGCAGGGUACAAAGAAGGUGGAAAGGAUGCCUGCCAGGGAGAUUCCGGAGGACCCUUAGUUUGCAAAUCCAAUGGGGCCUGGACACUGGCUGGGGUAGUGAGUUGGGGGGAAGGCUGUGCUCAACGCAACCAAAUUGGCGUCUAUACAUCAGUGCCUUUCUACCUAGACUGGAUCCAAAGCAAAAUAAAUGCAAAUAAUGGUGGACUUUCAAACUUCCCCAGGGUGACUCUUCUUUUGCUGAUUUUUGCACCACUCUUCCUAUGA